GCGGAGACUGCAGGCGCUGAGGACGCGGUGGUGGGACAGGGAUCCGCUGUAGCUCGGGCGGCGCCUCCCUGCGGCGGCCCGGCCCGGCUCCGGCCCCGCCGGGGCGAUGCUCCCCGAGGCCGCGGGAUGAGCCAGGUGAGCGCGGGGACCCCCAGCACCCACUGCCCGGCGCACACUGAAGGGGACCUGGCGGCGGCAGCCGCGGGCCUCUGUUCCCCAGGGCUGUGUGACCUUGGGCAGCCCCGCACCCUCUCUGGGCCGAAGCCCAGAGGACAGCCAGGACUGGCGAAGGCCCUUCUGAGUCCCGGCUCACAGGCACCAGCCUGGGGCGCUAGCGAGGCUCCUUGGAGGAGGCGGGCGGGCCAGCCGGCUGCCGGAUCAGCAACGCGGGCAGGUCGGCCCCGGCUCCGCCACCCACUGCUCUGUGACCUUGAGCGAGCUCUGCGCCUCAGUUUCCUCAUCUGUAAAAUGGAGAUAAUAUCACUGCACGCUCAGACCUGGCCAAGGUCACUGCGAUUACUUUACUACUGCUGCUGUUCUGUCGUUAGAAUGACACAGUCCUUACGGAAGGGAGGCUGAGGGAGGACCUAGGAUCUUUCCGGAGGAAGUGGGAUCGCCACCAGCCCUCAGCAGUCGACCUAACCCCUCUCUGAGGUCGGACCGGGGUUCCUACUGUGAGUCCAGGGCCGUGGGCUACAUCUCUCUAGGGCUCAUCUCUUUACCUAUCACAGGGGCAGUAAGGAUGGGUGCCUCCCUGCCUGGGCAGGAGGACUCUGCCAAGUCUUUCAAUCCCCCCUCCCCCAAAGAACCAAGCAGCAAACACUUAUGGACACUAAGUCAUUUAUAAAAAUCAUCCCAUUAGUUCCUAUGAGGAAGGUACUAUUAUUGCAUCCAUUUUGCAGAUGGGAAAAUUAAGGCGAAGAGUUUCUCACAGCCAGGGCUCAAACCCAGGCAUUUGGUCUGAAACGACAGGCGGGUGCAGGUGGUCAGCGGCAUAGCCUGUACUGAGCGCCUGCUGGGUCCUCACAGCCAUCCUGACCCGUGUCCCUGCCCACAGUGACUCGGCUGGCCUGGGCAUGGCAGACCCCGUGGUGGGCAUCGCGGGCUCGGCAGCCAAGAGCGUGCGGCCGUUCCGCUCAAGUGAGGCCUACGUGGAGGCCAUGAAGGAGGACCUGGCCGAGUGGCUCAACGCCUUGUAUGGCCUGGGUCUGCCCAGCGGUGGCGAUGGCUUCCUGACGGGGCUGGCCACGGGCACCACCCUGUGCCAGCAUGCCAAUGCCGUCACCGAGGCCGCCCGCGCGAUGGCCGCCACCCGCCCAGCCCGUGGGGUGGCCUUCCAGGCACACAGCGUGGCACCCGGCUCCUUCGUGGCCCGAGACAAUGUGGCCACCUUCAUCGGCUGGUGCCGCGCAGAGCUGGGUGUGCCUGAAGUGCUCAUGUUUGAGACCGAGGAUUUGGUGCUGCGAAAGAACGAGAAAAGCGUGGUGCUGUGCCUGCUGGAGGUGGCGCGGCGCGGGGCCCGCCUCGGCCUGCUGGCCCCUCGCCUCGUGCAGUUCGAACAGGAAAUUGAGCAGGAGUUGUGCGCCGCGCCCAUGGCCCCCAACGCCCCCAGUGCCGGGGAGGACGCUGCCACCGCUGCUGCUGCUGCUGAGAUCGCCACUGCCCCGGGGGCUCCCUCCCGCGGGCCCCGCAUGACACCCAGCGACCUACGCAACCUUGAUGAGCUGGUGAGAGAGAUCUUGGGGUGCUGCACCUGCCCAGACCAGUUUCCCAUGAUCAAAGUCUCGGAGGGGAAGUACCGCGUGGGAGACUCCAGUCUGCUCAUCUUUGUGCGGGUGCUGAGAAGCCACGUGAUGGUGCGCGUGGGCGGCGGCUGGGACACGCUGGAGCACUACCUGGACAAGCACGACCCCUGCCGCUGCUCCUCCACGGGUCAGUGCCCACGGCGGGGGCGGGGGGGGGGCACCUCUGUGGCCCCACCUCUCAUGCGCCACCCGUCCUCUCUCCCUGCAGCCCACCGCCCACCCCAGACGAGGGCCCGCACCUUCUCCCCACAGCGGGUGUCGCCCACCCGAAGCCCCCGAGCUGGUAGCCCAGCCUCCGGGGGUGAGCGCAGGGGCUCCCGCCCGGAGGUGACACCCAUUAGCUUACGCAGCUCGAAGGAGGGGCCCGAGACCCCGCUCAGGGCCCGGGACCAGCUGCCCCCCCACCCCCGCUCCCGCCGCUACUCCGGGGACAGCGAUUCCUCAGCCUCCUCAGCCCAGAGCGGCCCCCUUGGUGCCCGCAGUGAAGACUCAGGCACUGGCCCCCGACGGGAACGGCCCAGCCGUCGGGUGACCACAGGCACUCCGGCCUCCCCGAGACGCCCCCCCGGCCCGCGCAGCCAGUCCCGAGACCGGCUGGAUCGGGGGCGGCCGCGUGGGGCCCCAGGAGGCAGAGGAGGCCAGCUGUUGGGCCCCAGCCCUGCCCGGCGGGCCCGGAGCCAGAGCCGUGAAGAGCAGGCUGUGCUGCUGGUGCGUCGGGACCGAGAUGGGCAGCACUCAUGGAUGCCACGGGGCAGGAGCAGCCCCCAGACUCCCCGUGCCCACAGCCCCGCAGCCCCCCGGCCUCCCCGGGUCCCCAGCCCCAGUCCAGAGUUGAGCACCACCCCGGCCAGUGUCUUCCGCACACCCCUGCAGCUUGACCCAAAGGAGGAGCAGCAACUAUUCCAGCGCCUGGAAGAGGAGUUCCUGGCCAAUGCCCGAGCGCUUAAGGCUGCUGCUGGCGGGACCCCGACGGGACCAGCCCCUGACCUGGUUCGGGCCCCAGACCCUCCAGCUCCUGACUCAGCCUACUGUUCCUCCAGCUCCUCCUCUUCGUCCCUCAGCGUUCUGGGUGGCAAGUGUGGCCAACCCGCAGACUCUGGCAGGAUGGCCAAUGGGCUGCCCGGGCCCCGAGGCCCAGCUCUGUCUAGCUCUUCCGAUGAAGGCAACCCCUGCCCCGGUGUAGGGGGCCCACCAGAUGCACCUGGGAGCCCCAUGGCCGGCCCAGAGCCCCUGAGGACCUGGGCACGAGGCCGGAUGGACACACAGCCAGACCGAAAACCCUCACGCAUCCCCACCCCGAGGGGCCCCCGCCGCCCAUCUGGACCCACGGAGUCCAGGGCCUGGCAUGCCCUGCAGUCAGUCAGCCCAAGGGCUGAGCCAGAUUCCUGGAUGUGAUGGACCAGCCCAGCUGCCCCCAGUCCCCCAUUCCUUCUCCUUUUCCUUUGUGGCCUUAACCCCUCUGCAUCAGGGAGUCCCCCCUGCCUCUUGGGGACCAGACCUCAUGGGACCAGACCCCUUGGGACCACAUGGCACAAUGGGACCUCUGUUGUACAUUCCGGUUGGGGGAUGAGCAUUGCUAUUUAAUUACUAAUAUUAUUGAAUGCCUUAGAGGGGGCUGGGCCAGCCCAAUAAGGACCCUUCCUGCGGUCCUGUGGCCCUGCAGAGCCUGACAGUAAAGUUUUGUUCCAGCUA